AUGGCGUCAACAACCGAAGAAAAUGGCUAUGUAGUCCUGCCCCGCCAUCCAGCCUCGGACCCAGAAAAGGUAUUCCACUACACGGAUCUCCAACGUUCGAAACCGACUCGGGAGAAUGAUCCUUAUGAGUACCUUCAAGGAUGGGGGAAUAGACAUCAGUCGGAAGUGAUUCCGGGGACUUUACCUGCUGGCCAGAAUAAUCCCCAAGAAGUGCGGUUCGGACUAUACACCGAGGGGAUCACAUAUUCAGCCUUUGCAGCUCCAAGACAUGCGAAUAUGAGUACAUACAUGUAUAGAGUCCGGCCGGCUGCUGCUCAUAAUGGAUAUGUCCCUCUCACAACCACCUCGGACAUCGAAAAUUGUUUCCUCUCCCUCAACCCCAAAAUCGACACGCUCCCCGAACAAGCAGAAUGGACCCCCUUCCCCAUCCCACCGGCCUCCCAACCCACAGACUUCGCCGACGGCCUGCACACCCUCUGCGGCUCCGGCGACCCCAACAUCCGCGAAGGCAUCGCACUGUACAUCUACACGAUCAACUCCUCCAUGCCCGGCAAAGCGUUCUGCAACAACGACGGCGACUUCCUGCUCUGUGCACAGCUCGGCUCUCUGAACAUCCAAACCGAGUUCGGACUCCUGUUCCUGCAGCCUGGUGAAAUUUUCGUGGUCCAGCGCGGCGUGAGGUUCGCUAUCAAUCUCGCACCAGGGACCACGGAGGCAAGGGGGUAUGUCACCGAAGUCUGGGGCAGCAGCUGGGAGUUGCCGGAUUUAGGACCAAUCGGCGGACACGGCUUAGCUAACCCGAGGGAUUUCCUGUAUCCAGUAGCGUACAUGGACGAAGAAUUGCACGUGGAUUUCGAGAUUGUGUGUAAAUUGAACGGAAAGCUGGUGGGUAUCAAGCAGGACCAUAGUCCGUUUGAUCUGGUGGCUUGGCAUGGGAAUGUUGUUCCUUACAAGUACGACCUUACCAAAUUCUCCUCACAAAACAGUACUUCGAUUGACCACACUGAUCCGUCCAUUAACACUGUCCUCACGGCCCGAUCUCGAGACUCGCAUACUCCUUUGGCUGAUUUCCUCUGGUUCGGACCACGCUGGGAUGUAGCAUCGAACACAUUCCGUCUCCCGUAUUUCCACCGCAAUUCUGCGUCUGAAUUUCUAGCGAGUCUUUACGGCAAUGGCCUUGGAAGAAGUGAUGAUUUCCAGCCUGGUGGAGGCAGUUUUGAGGGUGGUCAUACACCGCACGGUGGUUUUAGUGAUGGGUAUGUGAAUGAGAUGAGGAUCCAGACCAAUAUGCCAAGAAGGAUACUUGAGAAUCAAAUGACGAUAAUGAUUGAAUCCUCGCGCACUUUCCUCUUUACUGAGUAUGCGCGCACGGGUUGUGGAACACUGCACACGCAAGGCACUGAUCCUAGGGCUUGGGAUAAACUACCCGAUAAAUUCUCCACCUACCCCGGCAUAAAGGACCUCCUCGCACGUGUAAAAGAAGACAAAGCAUCCGCGAAAGAGAGAUUGGAAUACUAUCACGACCCCGCUAUUGGCCGCUUCAAUUCGUAA